CGGCAUUUCUCCGAGACUGCCAAAAGGCAUGGGGUAUGACGUUCCCAGGCUGGGCCGUUGGAGGUGACUGUAGCAGUGCUGUAGGACUCACCUGUGACGAAUCAGGCAUGAUUACCAACAUAUAUUUGAGAAAAUCAGUUCUUGGAGGGUCUAUUCCUGAUAGCAUCUCCUCACUCAAUUCUCUUAUGAGUCUAGAUAUGUCGGGCUGUGAGCUCAAUGGGCUUAUUCCAGCUGGGAUUGGGAACCUCACUUCAUUGCAGCACAUAAAUUUGUUUGACAACCAGCUUUCUGGGCCUAUUCCAGUUGAAUUUGGAAACCUCACCAAUUUGUCUCGGCUGGCUCUGUCGGACAAUAAGCUUACUGGAUCUAUUCCAGCGGGACUGGGAAGCCUCAUCGCACUACAAUAUUUGCUUCUCUCGAACAACGCUUUGACGUUCUCCAUUCCCGACAACCUCUCCUCGCUUGUUAAUCUCAAUUUUAUAGAUAUCUCAAACAAUGCUUUGACGGGCUCCAUUCCGAACUGUUUGUGCUCGUGUGGUGAUGUCGACGAAUACACCUUUUAUCU